GGUUGGUGCCGUUCGCCCAACCGGACGAGACGGAAUGGCAGACCAGAGCAGGCAGACCAAACUCGCCGCGGCCAAAAAAAAGCUGAAGGAGUUUCAGCAGAAGAGCGCCACGCCCUCGGCGGGGGCGGGGACUAAGAAGAAGAGGAAGGUGAAGGAAGCCGGCCACCUCGACACGUCCUCCGGAGGAGACAGACACUCCCCUGACAACAUACAGAACAUUCUGAAAGUUCUGGUGUCUGAUCUUAGUCUGACUAAUGGAGUCACUCUGCCUCCAUUUGUCAAAAGCCAGCAGGAGCUUAAUGACGGGGAGGCCCGGGCGUCCCCGGUGUCCCAGCCAGCAGACGACCCAAGCGGAGAGCCCGCCAGAGAGUCGCCCGUCCCUAACCCCGCUAGCGCUAUUAACUCUGAGUGUCACAGCGAAAUCACGGCGCCGCAGAGCCUGAACAGCGAUGCAGACUGCAAUGAAAACUCACUUGAAGAAAAUAGACCCCUGUCGUCCACAGAAAGCUUGCGCCAGCUCUCCCAGCAGCUGAAUGGCCUGCUCUCAGAGUCGCCUUCUUCCUACGUGAAUGGGGACAGUGUGGUGUCAGCGGUCAGUGAAAAGGAGCUGGAGACUCGAAACCAGGAGCUGGCCGCCGCCCUCGACUCCAGCAAGCUCACAAACACUCAGCUCAGUGCAAAGCUAGACCAGCUGACGCAGCAGUCUCAGGAGCUGACGGAGCAGCUGCAGAAGGAGCGGAAGGAAUUUGAGCAGAAGUUUGUGAAGGAGCAGGGAGCCAUGAGAGAGCAGCUGCAGGUGCACAUCCAGACCAUCGGCAUUCUGGUGUCGGAGAAAUCGGAGCUGCAGACGGCGCUGGCCUACACGCAGCAGGCGGCUCGGCAGAAGACCGGGGAGGCGGAGGACCUGAGUAACCGCCUGCAGUCCACCAAGCAGAGGGUGUCAGAGCUGGAGAGAACGCUGUCCUCGGUCUCCACCCAGCAGAAGCAGUUUGAGAAGCAUAAUAAAGAGCUUGAAAAGGAGCGAGACAGCCUGAAACUGGAGGUGUACAGACUGAAUAAGGCGAGCGAGGAGGCCCGGCAGCAGGGCUCGGAGCUGGCAGAGCAGCUGAAGCAGCGUGUGAGUGAGAACACCGCCAUGCAGCUGGAGCUGGAGGACCUGCGCAAGCGGCUGGAGAUGGCCGACCUGAUGAUCCAGCAGUUCUCCAGCCAGUCCGGCCCACCCAGCGCCAACCAGCAGGUGCAGCUGCUCCUGGAGGAGAAGCAUCAGCUGGAGGCUCAGACUGCGCAGAUGAUGGAGUCUGUUGCGCAGCUGCAGACAGAGAGAGACCAGUACGCUGCGCAGAUCCAGGAGGAGGGCCGGGUGUGGAAGGAGAAAACGGAGCAGCUCCUCUCUCAGGUGACGUCACUGUCAGAGGAGAAGGACAGCCAAGCCACUCAUAUCCAGGAGCUGGAGGCGCAGAUCGCCGAGCUGAAGAACGCUGAAGCCCUGCUGUCCCAGGAGGCGGAGGCCCUGGCUCCCCCUCAGCCGGCCGGCCCCUCGGAGAGCGAGCUGGCCCUCCAGGAGGCCCUGAGCAACCUGCAGCAGGAAAGAGACGGCCUCAGCUUGCAGUACCAGGCCCAGGUGCGGGACAACGAGCAGCUGAGCCGGCUGGUGCAGGAGCAGGAGGCGCGUCUGCAGGAGCUGGAGAGGGAGGCGCAGCGGGGGGCUGAGGAGGCGCAGGACCGCCGGCGCCUCCUGGAGGACGCGCAGAGCGACAAAGCCACCAUCAGCCGCGCGCUGGCCCAGAACCGCGAGCUGAAGGAGCAGCUGGCCGAGCUGCAGAACGGCUUCGUCAAGCUGACCAAUGAGAACAUGGAGCUGACCAGCGGGCUGCAGUCGGAGCAGCACGUGAAGAAGGAGCUGGCCCGAAAGAUGGGGCAGCUGCAGGAGGACCUGCACCACGUCAGAGAGCAGCUGGAGCUGAAGGUGGAGGAGGCGCGGGCAGCGCAGGAGCAGCGGGAUCAGUAUCUGGCGCACCUGCAGCAGUACACAGCCGGGUACCAGCAGCUGGCGGCCGAGCGGGAGGAGCUGCACCGCCACUUCCUGCAGCAGACGCAGCUCAUGGACCGGCUGCAGCACGAGGAGGUGCAGGGCAAGGUGCAGCUGGAGGUCAGCCAGAAGCAGCUGGAGCAGGCGCAGGAAAAGCUGAACCAGCUGGCCAAAGCCAAUGAGAAUCUGAAGAUCGAGGUUCAAGAACUCCUGAACAGCUCAGCAAUGGCCACACCCUCCAGAGACCAGGGUGACGGUCUGGAGAGCAAGCCGUUGCCAGAGAGCUUCCAGAAGUCUUACGUCACCAUCCCAGAGGACUUCGAGAGCAGGGAAGAGAUGGAGGAGUUCCUGCACUCGGCCCUGUCCCGGCUGGAGGGGGAGAGAGACGAGAUGAGCCGGAGGCUGGAGGAGGAGAGGAGGCUGCACCAGGCCAGCCUCCAGCAGGUGGCAGCGAUGAGCCAGGAGCACCAGCACCACAGCGCGUGUGCACACGCGGGUUCGGAGGGGGGCUCGGACAGCGUUCCCACGGAGGUGCACGAGGCCCUGCGGGCCGCGAUGGAGAAGCUGCAGCAACGCUUCACCGAGCUGAUGCAGGAGAAGGCCGACCUGAAGGAGCGGGUGGAGGAGCUGGAGCACCGCUGCAUACAGCUGUCAGGGGAGACCGACACCAUCGGGGAGUACAUCGCCCUGUACCAGAACCAGAGAGCCAUCAUGAAGCAGCGCCACCUAGAGAAGGAGCAGUACAUCAGCAUGCUGGCCAAAGACAAGGAGGAGAUGAAGGCGAAGCUGGCCGAGCUGCAGGACCUGGUCAUGCGGUUGGUGGGUGAGAGGAACGAGUGGUACAGCAAGUACAUGGGCUCGGUCAGUGACCCAGACCUGCUGCCCAGCAGUGUGGAGCCCGGCCCCCCCGCUCAGAGACGCAUGGAGCUCAACGCUGUCGACGGCCCAGAGAUCAUGGAGCUGAGCUCAGGUCUGGCAGCGGAGCCGGUUCCAGCCCCAGGUCCCGGGGAGGAGUCUGAGGUGGCGGAGGAGGCCGAGGGGGCGGCGGAGAGCUCGGGGGUGCAGCCGCGCCCCCCGGAGGAGGACGGCACGGCCCGGCAGAUCAUGCAGCUGCUGCAGGAGAUCCAGAACCCCCAGUCCCGGGCCGCGCCCUUCCUGGGGGAGAACCCCUGCAUCCCCUUCUUCUACCGUGCCGACGAGCACGACGAGGUGAAGAUCCUGGUGGUCUGAGCGCCCCCCUCCCCCUUCCCCUCCC